CGCAAAAGCUAUGUUGUGAUUGUGUGUGAUUGCGGGCUCGCACUUCGAUGUGGGGGGCAUCGAUGCGCCCGUCUCCUCCUCCUCCUCCUCCUCAUCCUCUUCCGCCUCCUCCACGUAGCCGUUCUGGUUCAAGAAGCAUGGUUUCCUCAUACUGCGAACCUUCAUAUUAUCGAAAAGUUAGUUACUAGCCGUGCAGCAUAUCUGUUGACCAGGUCUUGGAGAACAGCAGGCCAUGUCGGCAGUCUGCCGAGCAGCCUCUCUUCUCCAGGUCAUAGGCGCUGUGGUGGCGCUCAGUGGACCCAGGGCAGCGCCAGGGCCUGGCGAGCCGCUGUACGGGUGGGUGGCCGGCGACGAGUUCGGAGCUGGCGGACCAUCGCAGAUGGCAGGCGCCCACGCCCUUGCCUCGAAGCGAUCGGUGCCGAGCACCCGCGCGACGCGCUCGGACCUGGCGGGGAAGGCGCAGCGGCUGGACCGCUGGCCCUUCCACCUGAAGGCACGCAUCCUGCUGCCCAGGGCCAAGCUCGCCUUCUGCUACAUGCCGAAGGUGGCGUCCAACCAGAUCGCCACCCUUUUCGGCGAGUUGAACAGAGUCCACGGCGAGAAGUGGCCCUGGGAGCCAUGGGAGUACUCCGGCCCCGCGAAGCUCAACAUCGACUGGAGCAGAGUGACGAGGGAGAAUGGUUGGAAGUUUGCGUUUCUCCACCGCGACCCGCUGGCGCGCUACCUCUCCGCCUUCGGGUCGAAGUGCAUGGUCAACGCCAAGUACGGCAACGUGGAGGGAGCUGGAAAAGACUGCCUCGGCAAGGUCCAGUGGACCGCCCUGCCGAUGGACAAGAUGGUCGAAGCAUUCGAGGAGCGCGUUCGGUUCGACGCCCUCGUGGGCAGGCCCGUGAACAACUCGCACUGGUUCCCGAUGAUCAAGAAUCUGCGCGCCUGCGGCAUCGACAAGUUCCACCCCGACAUCGUUGACUUCAAGGGGAGCAUCGACGAGGACAGGGCUCAUCCCGAUCUGAUCGACUGGAUGCAAUGUCGAUUCUGGCCAGCUCGAUCUGGUUCUAUUUCCGAUAUUCCGACGGUCCGAUGUGGCCCGAUGCUUGCUGGCAUUCUCGUUCGCAUCUUGGCGCAGCCAAUCCGAUUCGAUUUCGACUCCGUGCCGAGGCAGGCCGACCCGACGCACGUUCCGCUCUGGCCCGACUUCCGACCCGAUGCUCACUGAUCUUGCGAGGACGCAAACUCCGUGGUCAGACGCAUGUUCGAGGCCACGGGGGUGAUACAGGCAUAUCCGAACGCGAGCGCGCUGAUAGACAAGCACUUCCCCCGCCAGACCGUCGGCGGCCACUCGUCGAAGUCCCAUAACAGGCAGGACGAGUUCUACAGGAACGCCUCGACGGUGCAGGCCGUCGCCAGACUGUAUGAGGAGGACUUCCAGCGCCUGAGGCUGAAGGUGUCGCCGCAGAUGCACUCGAUCCUGAUGGGCUAGGCGCACGAUCGGAGCCCCGGUCGGCGCGCGCAGGCUUCUUGGGACUCGCGCGACGUCUGCAGGUGCGCCGCAUCACACCACCUCACGUCGUCGAUCCCCUGCCGAGCGUGCAGGGGAGCCCUCUCCUCCUCCUCCCUCCUCCUCCUCCUGCCUCCCCCUUCCCCUUCCCCUUCCCCUUCCCUCCCUGCUGCUGCUGCUGGUGGCGGUCGUGGGUCUCCCUGC